GAGAGCGAGGCAAGGAGAGGAGGAGGAGGAGGGGGGAAGCUUUAAAUAAAGCCUUUGGAUUGCAGCUGCUUAUUUUGGGCAGUCCUACCAGGGACGAUUCCUGCCAGGAAAGAAGCUGGACCGGUCCUUCUAUUUUUUUGUUUGUUUGUUUGCUUUUAAAUUUAUUUUGAUUUUUAUUUUUGGGGGUGGCGGUGGUGUAUUGCCGAGCUGCCUGCUGAGAUGAGCUCCGGUGCCUGGCUGUAGUUGCCCACUUUGGGAUCGCUGGACACAUAAGUGGCAUUUCGGUGGGGGGACGCCUGCAGACAUGUGAGGAUGGCUGGACCAUUGCAGUGGCGCACUGAUUUUUGUGGAUGGUGAACACAAAAAGGGGAUUGAGAAGAGACCACCCGAGUUAUUCUGACACAUGACUUGAGUGCUUUCUAUUCUUAGACAGAUGAGGAUCUGAAGUAUGUAGACUGAGAAUAACACAUGUCCAGGUUAAAACUGUAUCCUAUAAGAAGUAUUUGAUGGAUUAUUCCUAGAUAUUUCUAAGAAGGUUAUUCCAAUCUGACCACCAGACGAACGUCAUUAUUUUAAUGUUGAAUACUCAGACAAGGGUGCCAUGGAUGUAAAAGAAAGGAAACCGUAUCGAUCUCUGACUCGGCGCCGCGACACUGAGCGCCGCUACACCAGCUCUUCCGCCGAGAGUGAGGACAGCAAGGCACCCCAGAAGUCCUACAGCUCCAGCGAGACGCUGAAGGCUUAUGAUCAAGACUCCAGACUGACCUACAGCAAUCGGGUCAAAGACAUGGUGCACCAGGAGGCCGAUGAAUUCUGCCGAGCAGGAGCCAACUUCUCUUUGCGAGAGCUGGGUCUUGAAGACGUGACCCCCACCCACGGGACUUUGUACCGGACUGAUAUCGGGCUGCCUCACUGCGGCUACUCCAUCAGCGCCGGCUCGGAUGCUGACACAGAGGCAGACGUGGUCAUGUCUCCCGAGCAUCCCGUGAGGCUCUGGGGACGCAACACCAAGUCGGGACGCAGCUCCUGCUUGUCAAGCCGGGCCAACUCUAACCUCACCCUCACCGACACAGAGCAUGAGAAUACCGAAACCGAUCAUCCUCCAAAUCUUCAAAAUCAUUCAAGACUUAGAACUCCACCACCUCCAAUAUCACACGCUCACACCCCAAAUCAACAUCACGCGGCCUCCAUCAAUUCCCUGAACAGAGGGAACUUCACUCCACGCAGCAACCCCAGCCCAGCUCCCACAGACCACUCUCUUUCUGGAGAACAACCAGCCAGCGCUCAAGAGCCAGCCCAUGCUCAGGACAACUGGUUACUUAACAGUAACAUCCCACUGGAGACUAGAAACAUAGCAAAGCAGACAUUCCUAGAGACAUUGCAGGACAACCUCAUUGAGAUGGACAUUCUCACCUCCUCCCGACAUGACGGUGCUUACAAUGAUGGGCACUUCCUGUUCAAACCUGGAGGCACUUCUCCCCUUUUUUGUACAACAUCGCCAGGAUAUCCCUUGACGUCCAGCACUGUGUACUCACCUCCCCCUAGGCCCCUUCCCAGAAGUACCUUCUCUAGGCCUGCCUUUAACCUGAAGAAACCCUAUAAGUACUGUAACUGGAAAUGUGCUGCUCUGAGUGCCAUUGUCAUCUCAGUCACGCUGGUGAUCCUGCUGGCAUAUUUCAUAGCCAUGCACCUGUUUGGCCUAAACUGGCACCUGCAGCCGAUGGAAGGGCAGAUGUAUGAAAUCACGGAAGACACAGCCAGCAGUUGGCCAGUGCCAACGGACGUCUCCUUAUAUCCUUCGGGGGGCACAGGGUUAGAGUUACCUGACAGGAAAGGCAAAGGAACCAGUGAAGGAAAGCCCAGUAGUUUCUUUCCAGACGACAGUUUUAUAGACUCUGGAGAAAUUGAUGUUGGCAGACGAGCCACACAGAAGAUCCCUCCUGGUAUCUUUUGGAGAUCUCAGGUGUUCAUCGACCACCCAGUGCAUCUGAAAUUCAAUGUUUCUUUAGGAAAGGCUGCUCUGGUUGGCAUCUAUGGCAGAAAAGGCCUCCCACCUUCACAUACACAGUUUGACUUUGUCGAGCUCCUUGAUGGAAGACGUCUACUGACACAGGAGGCGAGAAGCUUAGAAGGACCUCAGCGACAACACAGAGCUUUUGUGCCCUUGUCCAGCCAUGAGACAGGGUUUAUCCAGUAUUUAGAUUCAGGAAUAUGGCAUUUAGCCUUCUACAACGAUGGCAAGGAAUCGGAAGUGGUUUCUUUUCUUACUACUGCUAUUGAAUCAGUGGAUAAUUGUCCCAGUAAUUGCUAUGGGAAUGGAGACUGCGUGUCUGGGACUUGCCAUUGCUUCCUUGGCUUUCUGGGCCCUGACUGUGGCAGAGCGUCCUGCCCAGUGCUGUGCAGUGGAAACGGGCAGUACAUGAAGGGGAGGUGCUUGUGCCAUAGUGGCUGGAAAGGAGCAGAAUGUGAUGUCCCGACAAACCAGUGCAUUGAUGUCUCCUGCAACAACCACGGCACGUGCAUCAUGGGGACCUGUAUCUGCAACCCCGGAUACAAAGGCGAGAGCUGUGAAGAAGUGGACUGCAUGGAUCCUACCUGCUCGGGACGAGGCGUGUGUGUGCGAGGAGAAUGUCACUGUUCGGUUGGCUGGGGAGGAACAAACUGUGAGACCCCAAGAGCCACUUGUCUCGAUCAGUGCUCUGGUCAUGGGACCUUCCUCCCGGAUACUGGGCUCUGCAGCUGCGAUCCCAACUGGACUGGACACGAUUGCUCAAUUGAGAUUUGUGCAGCAGACUGCGGAGGACAUGGCAUUUGUGUCGGAGGCACCUGCCGCUGCGAGGAGGGAUGGAUGGGCACAGCCUGUGAUCAGCGAGCGUGUCACCCACGCUGCAAUGAGCACGGGACAUGCCGGGAUGGCAAGUGUGAAUGCAGCCCGGGCUGGAACGGAGAGCACUGCACUAUUGAGGGAUGCCCUGGCUUGUGUAACGGCAACGGCAGAUGCACUCUGGACAUGAACGGCUGGCACUGUGUCUGCCAGCUGGGCUGGCGAGGAGCGGGCUGCGAUACUUCCAUGGAGACAGCAUGCGGCGAUGGGAAAGACAACGACGGAGAUGGCCUGGUGGAUUGCAUGGACCCCGACUGCUGCUUGCAGCCCCUGUGCCACAUCAAUGCGCUGUGCCUGGGCUCCCCGGACCCCUUGGAUAUCAUCCAGGAGACACAAGCCCCCGUCUCCCAGCAGAGCUUGCACUCCUUCUACGACCGGAUCAAGUUCCUGAUCGGCAAGGACAGCACCCAUGUCAUCCCAGGAGACAAUCCUUUUGAAGGAGGACAUGCGUGUGUGAUUCGAGGCCAGGUGAUGACAGCAGAUGGAACCCCUCUAGUUGGAGUGAACAUCAGCUUUGUCAACAAUCCUCUCUUUGGAUACACAAUCAGCAGACAAGAUGGCAGCUUUGAUCUCGUUACCAUUGGUGGAAUCUCCAUUAUCCUGCACUUUGAGCGGGCUCCCUUCAUCACCCAAGAGCACACGCUGUGGUUGCCGUGGGAUCGUUUCUUCGUGAUGGAAACCAUAGUCAUGAGGCACGAAGAGAACGAGAUCCCAAGCUGUGACCUCAGUAACUUUGCCCGGCCCAACCCUGUGGUUUCCCCAUCCCCACUGACAGCUUUUGCAAGUUCCUGCUCGGAGAAAGGUCCUAUUGUUCCUGAAAUCCAGGCUCUACAGGAGGAGAUUAACGUUUCCGGUAGUAAAAUAAAAGUGAGUUACCUGAGCAGUCGCACAGCUGGCUACAAAUCAGUCCUGAGGAUCAGCAUGACCCACCCCACCAUCCCCUUCAACCUCAUGAAAGUCCACCUCAUGGUGGCUGUCGAGGGACGCCUCUUCAGAAAGUGGUUUGCAGCUGCUCCAGACCUGUCCUAUUAUUUCAUCUGGGAUAAGACAGAUGUCUACAGCCAGAAAGUGUAUGGGCUUUCAGAAGCCUUCGUUUCAGUGGGUUAUGAGUAUGAAUCCUGUCCUGACUUGAUCCUGUGGGAGAAGAGGACAGCUGUGCUUCAGGGUUAUGAAAUUGAUGCUUCCAAACUUGGAGGAUGGUCACUGGACAAACACCAUGCCCUCAACAUACAAAGUGGCAUCUUGCAUAAAGGAAAUGGGGAAAACCAGUUUAUUUCCCAGCAGCCGCCUGUAAUUGGAAGCAUUAUGGGCAACGGCCGCAGACGUAGCAUUUCUUGUCCAAGCUGCAAUGGUCUUGCAGAUGGGAACAAACUCCUGGCUCCUGUUGCCCUAACAUGUGGGUCUGAUGGAAGUCUUUAUGUUGGAGAUUUCAACUACAUCCGAAGGAUCUUUCCCUCUGGCAAUGUCACCAACAUACUGGAGCUGAGAAAUAAAGAUUUCAGACAUAGCCACAGCCCAGCUCAUAAGUAUUACUUGACCACAGAUCCAAUCACCGGCUCCAUCUACCUGUCCGACACCAACAGCCGACGUAUCUAUAAAAUCAAGUCAACCACAUCAGUGAAAGACAUCGUGAAGAAUUCAGAGGUCUUGGCUGGAACUGGGGAUCAGUGCCUCCCAUUCGAUGAUACCCGCUGCGGAGAUGGAGGCAAAGGCACUGAUGCUACCCUUACAAAUCCCAGGGGCAUCACCGUGGACAAGUUUGGGCUGAUUUACUUCGUAGAUGGGACUAUGAUCAGGCGGAUUGAUCAGAAUGGAAUCAUCUCAACGGUGUUGGGUUCCAAUGACUUGACAUCUGCUCGCCCUCUCAGCUGUGAUUCUGUCAUGGACAUUUCUCAGGUUCGUCUAGAAUGGCCCACAGAUCUGGCAGUCAAUCCGAUGGAUAAUUCACUCUACGUCCUCGACAAUAACGUUGUGUUGCAGAUAUCUGAGAACCACCAAGUGCGCAUCGUGGCGGGGAGGCCCAUGCAUUGCCAGGUGCCGGGCAUGGAUCACUUUCUCCUUAGCAAGGUGGCAAUCCACGCCACGCUGGAGUCUGCUACCGCCCUGGCCGUCUCACAUAAUGGGGUCCUGUACAUUGCUGAGACUGAUGAGAAAAAGAUCAACCGCAUCAGGCAGGUCACCACCAAUGGAGAGAUUUCUCUCGUUGCCGGGGCACCAAGCAGCUGUGACUGCAAGAACGAUGCUAACUGUGACUGCUUCUCAGGGGAUGAUGGCUAUGCCAAGGAUGCCAAACUCAAUGCGCCGUCCUCCCUUGCCGUGUGUGCAGAUGGGGAGCUGUAUGUUGCUGAUCUUGGAAAUAUCCGAAUCCGCUUUAUUCGGAAAAACAAACCAUUCCUCAACACACAAAAUCUAUAUGAAUUAUCCUCACCCAUAGACCAGGAACUCUACUUGUUUGACACCAGUGGUAAACACCUUUAUACUCAGAGCCUUACCACUGGUGAUUAUCUUUACAAUUUUACUUAUUCCGGAGAUGGAGAUAUAACCCUGAUCACUGACAAUAAUGGCAACUUAGUCAAUAUCCGAAGAGAUUCCACAGGGAUGCCCCUCUGGCUGGUGGUGCCUGAUGGCCAAGUCUACUGGGUGACAAUUGGUACCAACAGCGCACUCAAGAGUGUAACAACACAGGGGCAUGAAGUGGCCAUGAUGACAUACCACGGCAACUCCGGUCUCCUUGCCACUAAAAGCAAUGAAAAUGGUUGGACAACGUUUUAUGAGUACGACAGCUUUGGCCGCCUGACCAACGUGACCUUCCCUACUGGCCAAGUGAGCAGCUUCCGCAGCGAUACCGACAGCUCCGUGCACGUCCAGGUGGAAACCUCCAGCAAGGACGAUGUUACAAUAACAACCAAUUUGUCAGCAUCAGGAGCCUUCUACACCCUGCUCCAAGACCAAGUCCGAAACAGCUACUACAUCGGCGCCGAUGGCUCUCUCAGGCUGAUGCUCGCUAACGGCAUGGAGGUGGCCCUGCAGACUGAGCCACAUCUGCUGGCUGGCACCGUCAACCCCACGGUGGGGAAGAGGAAUGUCACCCUGCCCAUCGACAACGGCCUCAAUCUUGUGGAGUGGAGACAGAGGAAGGAGCAAGCAAGAGGGCAGGUCACCGUCUUUGGACGUCGGUUGAGGGUUCACAACAGAAACCUGCUGUCCCUCGACUUUGAUCGUGUGACAAGGACGGAAAAAAUCUAUGAUGACCACCGCAAGUUCACGCUCCGCAUCCUCUAUGACCAGGCAGGGAGGCCCAGUCUCUGGUCACCCAGCAGCAGACUGAACGGGGUCAAUGUCACCUAUUCCCCAGGAGGACACAUUGCAGGGAUUCAGAGGGGCACAAUGUCAGAAAGGAUGGAGUAUGAUCAGUCUGGCAGAAUUACAUCCAGGAUCUUUGCUGAUGGCAAGUCAUGGAGCUACACUUACUUGGAGAAGUCCAUGGUGCUGCUCCUUCACAGCCAAAGACAGUACAUCUUUGAGUUUGAUAAGAACGACCGGUUGUCGUCGGUGACCAUGCCCAACGUUGCCCGUCAGACUUUAGAGACCAUUCGUUCCAUUGGUUACUACAGAAACAUCUACCGGCCACCAGAAGGCAAUGCCUCAGUAAUUCAGGAUUUCACAGAGGAUGAGCAGCUCCUCAACACUCUGUACUUGGGCACAGGGAGACGUGUCAUCUACAAGUAUGGAAAGCUGUCCAAGUUAGCUGAGAUGCUCUACGACACCACAAAGAUCAGUUUCACUUAUGACGAAACUGCUGGCAUGCUGAAGACCAUAAACUUGCAGAAUGAAGGGUUCACGUGCACCAUCAGAUACAGACAGAUAGGACCCCUCAUUGAUCGCCAGAUUUUCCGCUUCACUGAAGAAGGCAUGGUGAAUGCACGCUUUGACUAUAAUUAUGACAACAGCUUUCGGGUGACUAGCAUGCAAGCAGUCAUCAAUGAGACACCUUUACCCAUUGAUCUCUACAGGUACGAUGAUGUGUCAGGCAAAACUGAGCAAUUUGGUAAAUUUGGAGUCAUUUACUACGAUAUCAACCAGAUUAUCACCACUGCUGUCAUGACUCACACUAAACAUUUUGAUGCCUAUGGCAGGAUGAAGGAGGUCCAGUAUGAGAUAUUCCGCUCUCUCAUGUACUGGAUGACUGUGCAGUACGACAACAUGGGGAGAGUAGUUAAGAAAGAGCUGAAGGUUGGCCCUUAUGCAAACACAACUAGGUACUCAUACGAAUAUGAUGCUGACGGCCAGUUGCAGACAGUGUCUAUCAAUGACAAACCCCUCUGGCGUUACAGCUAUGACCUAAAUGGGAACCUCCAUUUGCUGAGUCCGGGGAAUAGUGCCCGCCUUACACCGCUCAGAUACGACCUCAGGGACAGGAUUACUAGACUGGGGGAUGUGCAGUACAAAAUGGAUGAAGAUGGCUUCCUGAAGCAAAGGGGCAAUGAUAUUUUUGAGUACAAUUCAGCUGGCCUGCUCAUCAAAGCUUACAAUAAAGCUAGUGGGUGGAGCGUGAAAUACCGCUAUGAUGGCCUAGGAAGGAGAGUCUCUAGCAAAACCAGCCAUGGCCAUCACUUGCAGUUCUUCUACGCAGACCUGACCAACCCAACCAAGGUCACCCAUUUAUACAACCACUCGAGCUCCGAGAUCACCUCCCUCUACUAUGACCUCCAAGGCCACCUCUUUGCAAUGGAGCUCAGCAGCGGUGAUGAAUUCUACAUAGCCUGCGAUAACAUUGGCACUCCUUUGGCUGUCUUCAGUGGAACUGGCUUAAUGAUUAAGCAGAUACUGUACACAGCAUAUGGGGAGAUCUAUAUGGACACCAAUCCCAACUUCCAGAUCAUCAUUGGCUACCAUGGAGGACUGUAUGACCCCCUCACAAAGCUUAUCCAUAUGGGACGGAGAGACUAUGAUGUGCUAGCGGGUCGGUGGACGAGUCCAGACCAUGAUAUGUGGAAGCACCUGAGUAGCAAUAACAUAAUGCCUUUCAACCUGUAUAUGUUCAAAAACAACAAUCCCAUUAGCAACUCUCAGGAUAUCAAAUGUUACAUGACAGAUGUCAACAGUUGGCUUCUCACCUUCGGGUUCCAGCUACACAACGUCAUCCCCGGCUACCCCAAGCCAGACAUGGAUGCAAUGGAGCCGUCCUAUGAGCUAAUCCACACACAGAUGAAAACCCAAGAAUGGGACAAUAGCAAGUCCAUUUUGGGGGUCCAAUGUGAAGUGCAGAAGCAACUGAAGGCUUUUGUCACUCUUGAACGCUUUGAACGGAUCUACAGCUCCAGCAUCGCCGGGUGCCGGCAGGUCAAGAAGAACAAGAACUUUGCCUCUGGAGGCUCCAUCUUUGGCAAAGGCGUCAAGUUCGCCAUGAAAGAUGGGCGCGUGGCCACCGACAUUAUCAGCGUGGCCAACGAGGAUGGGCGGAGGAUCGCAGCCAUCCUGAACAACGCCCAUUACCUGGAGAACUUGCACUUCACCAUCGACGGGGUGGACACGCACUAUUUCAUUAAGCAAGGGCCAUCAGAGGGUGACCUGUCCAUCUUGGGCCUCAGCGGUGGACGGAGGACCCUGGAGAACGGCGUCAACGUGACAGUGUCGCAGAUCAACACAGUGCUAAGUGGAAGGACUAGACGUUACACAGACAUCCAGCUCCAGUACGGUGCGCUGUGCCUAAACACGCGCUACGGGACCACCUUGGACGAGGAGAAGGCCCGUGUCCUGGAGCUGGCCCGACAGCGCGCUGUCACUCAAGCUUGGUCCCGGGAACAGCAGAGACUGCGGGAUGGGGAGGAGGGUAUUCGCUCGUGGACAGAAGGGGAGAAGCAACAAGUGCUAAACACGGGCCGGGUACAGGGCUACGAUGGCUAUUUUGUGAUCUCAGUGGAGCAGUACCCCGAACUCUCAGACAGCGCCAACAACAUCCACUUCAUGAGACAGAGCGAAAUGGGCAGAAGGUGACAGAGAGGGUCGAUGCGGUGACUUCUUGCCAAAGACAGCUACUCUUUUGUGGCCACUUACCUGACUGUGUUGUACUCAAUCCUUUUUCUAAACUGAACAAGGCGGGGGGGGAGGAAAAUAGAAAGAGAAGGAAUAAUACGGUUGCACUGUAACUCAUGCAACAUACUUUUUUUUUUUUUCCUCUUUAAUUUGGCCUUCACACGUUUUUUGCAAUGAACAGAAGGUAUAUUUUGCCGUAGCGUGAUCACAGUGAAAUUUACUGUCUCUUGUCCUUUCAUUUUUGGGUUUCCCCC